CCCCCAGGUAGAUGGCGAUAGAAGACUCAAUGCGAAUGUGGACACAGAUCCUUUCAGUAAUUUACUGCUCUUUGUUUGUUGCGACUGCGUGAGGCAGAGGCGGAACUCGGGACACCAUUUUGAAUGGCAUAUGGAGAGCAAUUAUCCGGUAAUAACAAACGUGCUUGACACGGACUGGUGCAACCACCUGUGGGGAGACACAAACCCGGCGUCUGUUCGUGGUAAAGCCGGUGUAACCAUGGAAUCGCAACAUGCGAAUCCUCAGCAAGGAGGCUCUGAGGCUGCAUACGUCAGCUUUAAAAACGAGCCAGAACAAAGAGACCUGCUCAUGCAAGAAGUUCAUAUUCCCUCAGAAAUGCCAGUUGUGGGCAACUCCAGUGUUUAUCCUCUACAACCAGGCAGACUGCAAAACAGCAGUAAAAAUGCAGUUAAUCAGCGUGAUUUGCAGGGAUUACAUUUUCAUGCAAAUUCAGACCCCCGCGCCUCCAUCCCACCCCCAAAAGCGAUUAUAAUCUCAGAUUCCGCACCCCCUCCAGACAGCCGGAGGUCCCGGGCCCGGUUCUCCCGGGAGGAAGAGAGGGCACUUCUGGCAGGGGUGGUGGAGCGCUGGGACGAGCUGUACGGGUACCAGAGCCAGGCGCUGCCCCGCGGGGCCAAGUCGCGCAUCUGGAGCGACAUUGCCGGCCGGCUCUGCAGCUCCUCCAGGGAGGCCAGGGAAGGGGAGGACGUGCGGAAGAAGUGGCUCUACAUCAAGCUGACCCUCAGGAACCGCCUGCGAGCUGCCGGCCAGCUGGGCCCGGGCGCCGGCCCGCCGGACCUCAGCCCCCUGGAGCAGCGCGUGCUGGCGCUCAUGGGGCACGACAGCGGGGGCAGCGUGGACGCCCCGGAUAUCGGCUUCGGUCCGGUUUCAGGAGAGGACUUCCGGCCCCUCGCCCUGCACGGUCCCGAGGACCCGGACACCGUGGGCUCCACCAGCGACGCCGAGAUGGACGGCAACCAGGAGGAGCAACAGGAGGAGCCCGCCGCUGCCCCCGUCUCCGUCCCGUCCCCGGUCCCAGUCUCCACCACACCCUCCACCUCAAACGCCCAGCGCAAGAACGCCCGUCUGGAGGACCCGCUGGCCCCUGCCCUGGCAGCCAUCAGGGGCCGGCAGGACCGCUCGAUAUCCCUGUACAAGGAGGCCAUCGAGGUGCUGCGCUCCAUGGCUGCCGACGUGCGGCGGUACGUGGACCACAUGAUCGCCGCGACCCCGCCGGAGCCGGCGUCCGUACCUGAGGGCAUCCUGCAGGGGGCGCUGGUCUCCAAGCAGCCCACCCCACCCACAGCCGCCUCUGGACAGGCCUCUACACCACCGCGGCAGCAGCCACCCACCAACCUACCCCAGGCCCACUCGCCACCCACUCCCCAAACACCACUGGCCAACCCUGCUCCCUCCCCGGGCCAAGCACGGACACCUGUGGAACACCCACCCGGUCGUCAGCCCCCCUGUGUGACCCCGUGCUGUGCCCAUUUUCAGUCCAGCGUUCCCCUUUUACACACUGUCCCACAGCAUCCUGCCUGCCCUUUCCCUCCACAGUACCCCACCAUGUGCCCUUAUCAUGUCAUGCCUCAUUGCCCCACAGUCGUCUACCCAGCGUACUACCCGAGUCCGCUGUCCUCCAUGUACCACUGUCCCCAACAGACUCCCCCUGCUACAGCUCCUCACGUUUACCAGUACCCACCUGCGGUUACGAUCGUUUCCCCGCCUCCUUUCUGCCCCGCACCCUCUCCUGUAGCACACCGUACCGUCCUCCACCGCUCCCCCCCGCCCUCGUUCUACCCCGCACCUCCCAGGGCCCCAGGAGACCCGGCCCCGUCUACAACGAACUGCACCCCAUUCCCGGGCUGUCAAUCAGCUCCACACCCGCUGGGUCCCCCACCGCCCCCCUCCAGCCCACAUCCACACCACAGCGCCACACAGAGGGGCAGGGGCAGGGUCCGCAAACGCUGGGGCAGGAGAGGAGGCUGUUCCUACCUCACGGGCAGGAGUGCUGCAUUCAGCUAAAAUGGACAGCAGUGGCAGAGCUGGUGCAAAUUUAAGGCUCUGAAUAGACAUGACUGAU